AUGGCCGGUGCCACCCGUCAGCAUCACCUGACCUCCAAACUCCAAGGAGAGGCUGUUCCGAGAAGGCUGCCAGACUCGGAAUUCUGCAACAACAUGACGGCUGGCCGUGCCGGUACGGUACCAGUGGAGGAGGAGACGACAAGCAAAUUCUUGGGCUUGUUUUCUCGCGACGAAAAACUUGGUGGACUCCUUCAGGGAGCUACUUUUAUCGGCCGCUGUGCCGAAGCUAGCAGUUCAAGCCUCGCUGUUUUGUGCAGCAUCAUGCACUUAUACGCGGACCCUACCAACAACGACUAUCUCUUGUCGCAACCCACCCUACCAACGACGACUAUCUGUUGUCGACACCCACGGCCAACUGGGAGCAGUUGA